UAUAUGUUUGAAAACUAUGAAGCACUUUGAAGGUGCUCAACAACUCCCAUUCAACCAAACGUACAGUUAAGCUAGCAACCCAUUUGCGCCCCAUGGUUUUCCUACGUUUGACUUUUCCAAUUUUCAGCUACCAAAUUCCAUAUAAAUUCAUUCCAAUCUAAUCUCGGUGUUUUCACUCCAACUUUCUCAACCUUGAUUUCCCGGCAAACACCAAAUUCCACAUAUAUAUAUAUAUAUACACAUAUAUCUUCCUGGCAAAAACCAUAUUAACCACCAUAAUUCGUCGUGCACAUUAGAAUUCUCCGCUGGAUCGGAAAACGACACCGACACAUUAAUAUUAUAUAUAUUAACCAAAGAAGUACAUAAAUCAACCAAAGAAGAGAAAAAUCAAGAAACAUCUCAAACCAGAAAAUGGAGAUUCAAGAAAAUCAGAACGAUUGGUCGGAGACAGAGAGCAUAGAGAGUACAAGAGUUGGGUACAGUGGACCACUGAGCGGACCUUUAGUGACGAACAACAAGAAAAGCAGCCGGAACAGCAGCAAAAGAAGCGUAGGAUUCAAAGAUCAGGAAGACUAUGUCGAAAUCACACUCGAUGUCACAGACGACACCGUUUCGGUUCAAAACAUCAAGGGUGGCGAUUCGGAGACGGCGUAUUUGGCGAGCCGGUUGCAGAGGAAACAAUCGGCUUCUCUGGGUUCACAGGUUUCCUUUAAACUGAGACAGGUCUCGCAGGAAUUGAAGCGCAUGACAUCAUUUUCCAAGAAACCUCAGAAGCUUGAUCGGACCAAAUCCGGUGCGGCUCUUGCUUUGAAAGGCUUGAAGUUCAUGACCAAAAAUGUAGGCAAUGAAGGUUGGUCGGAGAUCGAAAAGCGUUUCCAUAAAUUCGCCGACGCUGAUGGAACACUUCCUAAAUCAAAAUUUGGUCAAUGUAUUGAGAUGAAAGAGUCGAGUGAGUUUGCAAACGAAUUGUUCGAUGCAUUGGCUCGUAGGAGAGGAAUAACUUCAGGUUCCAUAACAAUGGAUGAGUUGCACGAAUUCUGGGAACAAAUUACGGAUCAGAGCUUCGAUGCAAGGCUUCAAACUUUCUUUGACAUGGUAGAUAAAAAUGCAGAUGGCCGGAUCACUGAAGAAGAAGUGAAGGAGAUUAUCACAUUAAGUGCUGGUGCUAACAAGUUGUCAAAAAUUCAAGAACGUGCUGAAGAAUAUGCAGCAUUGAUUAUGGAAGAGCUGGAUCCCAGAAACCUCGGAUACGUUGAGAUAUACAAUUUGGAAAUGCUACUUCUUCAAGGCCCAGCCCAAUCAACCAACCUGGCCACAGACAGCCGAAUGAUCAGCGAGCUUAUAAGCCAGAAGCUGGCCCCAACCAAAGAACCCAACCCAAUAAAGCGAUACGCCAAGAAGGUCGCAUACUUCGUUGAAGACAAUUGGAGGAGGAUUUGGGUCGUUGCUCUAUGGCUCUCAAUCUGUGCGGGCCUGUUCACUUGGAAAUUCAUGCAGUAUAAGGAUCGGGCGGUAUUUAAAGUAAUGGGCUAUUGUGUGACCACGGCUAAAGGUGCAGCCGAGACACUCAAAUUCAACAUGGCCUUGAUUCUUCUCCCAGUAUGCAGAAAUACCAUUACAUGGCUUAGAAGCAGAACAAAGUUGGGAAAAGUUGUUCCAUUUGAUGACAAUCUUAAUUUCCAUAAGGUGAUAGCUUUGGGCAUAGCAGUGGGAGUUGGUCUACAUGCUGGUUCACAUCUAACAUGUGAUUUUCCGAGGCUGCUACAUGCCACCGACGAUGAGUAUGAACCUAUGGAACCCUUCUUCGGCAAGGAACGGCCUGACGACUACUGGUGGUUCGUCAAGGGCACGGAGGGCUGGACCGGGGUGGUGAUGGUGGUGCUAAUGGCUAUUGCUUAUACAUUGGCUCAGCCUUGGUUUAGGCGGAAUAGGCUAAAACUCCCUAAUUUCCUUAAGAAACUCACAGGGUUCAAUGCCUUUUGGUAUUCCCACCACAUGUUUGUCGUUGUUUAUAUCCUAUUUGUCAUUCAUGGAUACUUUCUUUACCUCUCCAAGAAGUGGUACAAAAAGACUACAUGGAUGUAUCUGGCAGUUCCAAUUGUUUUAUACGCUUGUGAACGUUUAGUUCGUGCAUUCAGGUCUGGCAACAAAUCAGUAAAGAUUCUGAAGGUUGCAGUGUAUCCCGGGAAUGUUCUAGCUCUGCAUAUGUCGAAGCCAAAUGGAUUUAAAUACACCAGCGGCCAAUAUAUAUAUGUCAAGUGCAGAGACAUAUCCCCAUUCCAAUGGCAUCCAUUUUCGAUUACUUCGGCUCCUGGAGAUGAUUACUUGAGCAUCCAUGUCCGGUCAGCCGGAGAUUGGACCUCACAGCUCAGAGCCAUUUUCUCCAAGGUAUGUCAGCCUCCAUGUCGUAAUGAAAGUGGCCUUCUAAGAGCUGAUGUUGCAAAAAGCUAUAACAAACCCACAAGAAUGCCAAAGCUAUUAAUAGACGGUCCCUAUGGAGCCCCAGCACAAGACUACAAAGAAUAUGAAGUUCUCCUCCUUGUUGGGCUUGGAAUUGGUGCCACUCCAUUGAUAAGCAUUGUCAAGGAUGUGCUUAACAACAUCAAAGAACAGAAAGAUAUAGAAGAUGGGGUAAUAGAAAGCGGUGUUAAAAACAGCAAGAGAAGAACUUUCGCAACCCGAAGAGCUUACUUCUAUUGGGUGACAAGAGAGCAAGGUUCUUUUGAGUGGUUUAGGGGAGUGAUGAAUGAGGUGGUUGAGAAUGAUGCCAAUGGAGUAAUUGAGCUUCACAACUACUGCACCAGUGUUUACGAAGAAGGAGAUGCUCGAUCAGCUUUGAUCACCAUGCUUCAGUCUCUUAACCAUGCCAAAAAUGGUGUUGAUAUAGUUUCAGGGACCAGAGUGAAAACACAUUUUGCUAGACCAAAUUGGCGCCAAGUUUUCAAGCAUGUUGCUACCAAGCACACAGACCAAAGAGUUGGAGUGUUUUAUUGUGGUGAUAAGAGAUUAGUUGGAGAUCUAAAGAUGCUAGCUCAAGAUUUUUCAAGGAAAACCACCACCAAGUUUGAUUUCCAUAAGGAGAACUUUUGAGCUUCAAUAUUUUUAUUUUUUGAAUUUUUCAGUUGUAACAUAUAUGUUUGCGCCUAUUGUGAGUCAUACAUGUAGAUGUGAUGUGUAGAACAACUCUUUUUCUUUAUUUAACAUAUAGGGUAUAUAUACAGAUCAUAUAUAUGAUAUUAUUCCUGUAAAAUGAAAGUUUAAGGGAAUGAACGAUGUAGAAAUAAAGAGAUAUAUUAAUGAGAAAAAAAAAAAAACAGCAUAACAUUGGCCAUGAAUCCAGAA